AUGUCUGUACUGGAGGAGCAUGCCUUUCUGGAUCUACUCAGACGAAUUGAAAGGGAAAGGUAUGACCCAAAUCUUGGAGAGCGGGCUGUUCUUUGUCGAACGCUGAACAGUGCAUUUAAUCCUACUGGCGUGUACUAUGCAUCUGUUGGUGCUCUUUGCGGUGCUUUGUGCACUAAUCACACGCAGUGGCUUUUAUGGAGGGCAGUUAGUAUGUUAAUGGGUUCACUUUACGCUCUUGAAGCAUCGUGGACGCUUCAAGAGCGGCAGCCGUGUCGUAGUUUUUUUAACGACAUUCGAUGUGUGGAUGGUCAGCUGGGCGACAAGGCGAGCGAAUACCAGUUGUUGGGGCGCACGGAUCAUAGUCACCGACGACCUCUCAGGAUUCUAUUUGACUUUCUUACAUUUGAUAGGACCUCGAGAUGGCUGAGUGCAUCUCGUUCCCUCUCUGUGGAUCCAUCAUCGUGGCUUGCUCAUUUUAGAAUAGAGUGGUUUAACGGAUUGCCGCUGGACCCAUUGACAAUGUGUUACUGGGGCUUUGCAUUUGCUCGUCACAAUUGA